AUGGCUCGCCCACCACCACCUCCACCAAAGAGUCUCCUUGGCAGACACCGUCUGCUGUCUCCAACAGCUUCCGUUCGUGUGAGCCCACUAUGUCUAGGCGGAAUGAGUUUGGGCAGCAAUUGGAAGGGCACGAUGGGCGAAUGCAGCAAAGAAACGGUGUUUGAGCUCCUGGAUACGUUUUAUGACCUAGGCGGUAAUUUUAUUGAUACCGCCAAUGUGUAUCAAAACGGCCAAAGCGAGGAGUGGAUCGGCGAAUGGAUGCAGAAGUCCGGAAAUCGAGACGAGAUAGUCAUUUCCACUAAAUACACCCUUGGUUCCAUGGUCGGCAGACCGGUGCAGCAGAGCAAUUUUGGCGGAACCGGUACGAAGAGUAUGCACUUGAGCAUUGAGUCUAGCCUGAAAAGACUCCAGACGGACUAUAUCGACCUGUAUUACGUUCACUACUGGGACUAUGCAACCGAGAUCCCUGAGCUGAUGCAGUCACUCAAUACGCUGGUCCAGCAGCGCAAAGUUCUUUAUCUCGGGAUCAGUGAUACACCUGCUUGGGUGGUCGUGAAGGCAAACUGUUACGCUCGAGAACACGGGUUGCGACCGUUCUCCGUUUACCAAGGUCGCCUUUCUGCGCAAGUGCGUGACUUGGAGCGUGAUAUUAUCCCAAUGUGCCUAGACGAAGGCAUGGCGAUCCAUCCCUGGGGUGUCAUGGGCAGCGGAUAUUUUACGUCGCCUGAAUCAGCACCGAAGGAAGGGGGGCGCCAAACUCCAUUCAUCAAGACUGGCCGUGAGGCUCAAGUCUCUCAAGCGUUGGACAGUGUGGCGAGGCGUCUCAAUGUCCCCAUCAAUUCCGUUGCCAUUGCCUACGUGAUGCAGAAAGCGCCAUACGUGUAUCCAAUUCUCGGUGGUCGCAAAGUAGCUCAUCUCAAGGCCAAUAUUGAAGCCCUCAACUUGCAGCUCACUCCAGAGGAUGUCGCGGAGAUCCAGACGGGCUAUGACUUCGACCCAGGCUUCCCUCACAACUUCGUGAACACGGAAGGCAAAGCUCCUCGGGGACCUGAAGACAUCAGCUGCCUUGGCUGGCUAGGGUACUUCGACUAUGUCCAAGGUCGGCAGCCAAUUAAGCCGCAUCAGGGAGAGCUUAACGCACCCUGGAGGCCUUAA